GGCAUCGCAUGGCAUCGCAUUGCCUAAUUAGCGAACGCAAGUCGUCCGAGGCCCUGUUUCUGUUACAUCACAAAGCGCGCCUCCCGCGUGCCUCGUGCCUCCCGAUGACACCCUCUCAUCUGCACGAUCCCACCACCACGCCGCGCCCCAAGCCCCUAACCCAGAAAGAAAAAACCGGACUCGAGGCGCUGGCCGCGGGUGCACGCGUGACGGCCCCGGCCGCCUCGGGGAGAAUAUUCGAGAUUGCGGCGCCGCUUGAGUGCGUGUGUUUGCAUCAUCGCAUCCCAUAAUCUCCAAGUCGUCCCAUCAGACCGCGGCGAUAGCAAAAAUUCAACCUGGGCCCUUGCAUCCAGUGAGGCAAAUAAAGAAAAAAGAAAGUAAUAAGAAGAAGAAAAAAGGGGACUAGGCCCCUUUUCCCCCACCCCUCAUGAUUCCCCAUCACCUGCAUAUGCCCACGAUGUUUUCCGAAGUGCUUACAGGACCCUAAUGCUUUAUGCUUUUUGUGGUCGGACCAGCGCCACGAGGAGCCAAUGGAGCAACCCUGAAGCCUUAUCAGGGUCGAUUGCGUGAUCGAGAAGCGAGCCCAAAAGGCGCUGGGUUUCUGUCGAGGAGAGAGCCAACGGGGGACCGGAUGUGUGAGCAGGGCUCUCUUUCCGCACCUGCAGGAUGGUUUCUCGAGCCCCCUAGUCCAGCCCUUGAUACCUCACAGCGCUCUGUUUUGCUGCCGGCUGGUGUCUUCCAGAUAGACUCGGCCAUGUCUCUUUUGCUCCCCGGC